AUGAGCCUGGCGGGGUUCCUAGACAACCUUCCGUCCAGGGGCACGCUGGUGGCGGUGCAGCCGGGCGCCGCCUUCUCGUCGCCGCCAACCGUGUACAUUGCCGACCACGACACGACGCCGCAGCAGGUGGUGCGCAAUGACACCACCAACAUCCUCAUCAAGACGCUGCAGAACAAGCGGGCCAAGGAGGAGGCCAAGCGCAAGCAGGCGCGGGCAGCAGACAAGGGCAAGCGCCCUGUGGAGGAGGCAGAGGGCAGCCGGCCCGCCAAGCGCCCCGCCGCGGCCGCCGGCGACGGCGCAGGGCCCAGCGGCGCGGCAGGUGGCGGUAGCAGCGUGCCCGACCCGGCGCAGGCUGGCUUCUCAAAGCUGGGCCUGCAGAUGAAGACAAUCAAGGACCUGCAGAACGUGCUCAAGGCCUGGAACCUGACUGUGAGCGGCAAGAAGGACGACCUGAUCCAGAGGAUACUGGACCACCAGCAGCGCGCGCGGGGAGGCUGA